UUGAGGCUAGCCCUGAAAGACUUUUUAAAGAUCCAAACUACAUAUAAAAACGAAUGCUCUCAACUUAGUUUCCAUUCAUUGUCAAGGAUAUUCAGCGGUGCAGAGCAGUUCAUCCGUGGAGCGGAUUCAUUCACGUACUGCAGGGAAUUAAGUGGCUGUUUUUCUAGAGAUCGAAAACCAAUGUACACAACAAGCCGAAUCCACGAUACUUUAUUUUCUCUGUUGUGAAGAAUUCUACGUGCAGUUCUCUUUUAAGAUAAUUGUAUCUCCUGUUUUGGAAAUAACAUUGCUUCUCUUAUAGACUUCACUGGACCCAUCAAAGUGCUGAGGAGGGACCUACUUGUUAAGGUGAGCCCAGGAGAUGAGUUCUCUGGUCUACCCUAGCCGAAUCAUGAAAGACCGUGAGGCCAUUGCCAUUCUCCACUACCCAGGCUCAGGCAAGAUGAAUGGACAGUUCACUCAGACGGGGAUCCAUCCCUCAGUAACCGCCUCCUCGUCGCCCACCUCCAAACCCCAGCCCUUCAGCCUCCAGCCAAGCCCUCACCUGCUAGCCAGCAUGCAGCUCCAAAAACUCAACAGCCACUACCACAACAUCGGCAAUGUAGCAGGGGACACCACUGCCCCACCCAGGACCUACAGCUCGCAGAGCCAGGGCGCCCUGUCCAACCCAGGGAGCACCAUCAUUGACUCGGACCCCGUGGAUGAAGAGGUCCUGAUGUCCCUGGUGGUGGAGUUGGGACUGGACCGCGCCAAUGAGCUGCCGGAGCUGUGGCUCGGCCAGAAUGAGUUUGACUUUAUCUCGGACGUUUCCUCCAGCUGCUGAUUCUCCUCGCGUAGGAAAGAUAGUCUUGAGGGCAACGGAGAAAGAAAUCGUGAGCUCCUGAUCUAGGCUUAACGUCUCAAACCCAGCUCUGUUGUUUGCUAUGGAAGUUGCAAUGUACAUGAAACAGACCAAUAUGUUUCUAUGUCUAUGAACUUGAGAUCUGUGUAAUAUCUUGCUAAAUGUCAUGCCUCUGAAAAAUCUCGCUUGAGGCUGCUUUCACUUCCCAGAAUCGCUCGCACUGCUGCAGCAGAUGGGGGCAUUGUUGGCAUCUGCCUAGAAGGCAACAUGACUGGCAAAGGCCAGUCUGUGUUUGUUUUGGCAGAGAAUUGGACUGGAACAAAUUGUAUUGUUCUAAAUCAAAUCUUAAAAUGGGUUAAGGAGAGCAGUUGUCUUAUUUUUUUCUAAACUAAGUCCAGUGCUUAAUUAUAGACUGUUGUAAUGAAAUGUUCACGGUUUCAUACUGAGAGAAACGUGUUUGUAGUUCAAUAUUUGCUUUGAAUUUCUAAGUUUGGGAAGAUGGACACCAGAAAGGAAGUAUUUUGAUUCAUGCUAGUUUCUUUUAGAAUGUAUUGGUUUCCAUUCCAAAUGGAGUACAAGUUAAUUAAAACACAUGUGUUUUUGAUUCACUGUAGAUGGUAAAGCAAAGCUUCAUUGAAGAGUUUAAAUGCUGAAUGUGUAGACUUGUCAGCAUUCAUGGGAAUAUACCCCUCUCUCUCCCUGCUGAAACACUACCCUCUGGAGAUGAGUGGGUUAGAUGGCACCGAGGUAUAUGAAGGAAAAUGAGAUGUUGGGAAUUGGGCUACGUCUGCCAUUAAGCGAGGGAAUACCAAGCCUGGCAGAAUGACUUGCUGUGUAUGUGAUCAUGAUGAAAAGAAGGAUCAUUGUGAAAUGCGGAGUAGGACCUGUAUUAAACCGGUGCUUGAACAUUUGAAUUGAUAGCAUUUUUUUUUCUAUGCACAUCUAUACUGUAAUUGAGAGCAAAUAAUGCUCUUUGAUGCAUGUAAGAAUUUUGAUUAUAAAUAUCUAACACACAAAUUUCACAGCGAUUUAUGUGGCAGUUUAGGACUUAAAUCCAAGGAAUCUAUUUUUGUUCUGAUCAGCAUUAGCUAUCGCCCCCCUUUUGUUAUGCUGAAGAUCUUUUUGGUUCUUUGCUUGUUUUGUAUGGUUCAGUAUAUGCAGAUUUAUUUUAAUCCAUCUUCACUUUGGCAUAUUUUACAUUUUAUUAAAUGUGAAAUGUUCCAGCCUAGUAACAAAUGAAGCAAGAAAAAAGGCUAACCGAGUACUUGGUUCUAUAGUUAAGUGUACAGUAUAGGUUCUGAAUGUAUAAUGCACCAGUUAGACCACACUUCAAAUCUCUUACUUGAAUUCUGGUCAUUGCAUUUAUAUAAAAAAUAGAAAUUGAAGCGGAGAGUAACCAGACUAAUCCCAGGGCUAAAAUAUGAGUUUUGAAGAUGAGAUGAAGGAACUGAAUCUAGCGUAUACACCAGGACCACAGGACAUUGUGAGGAGACCCUUUUCCACUGGCAGGUGUAUAAUAUGGGUUACCAAGCCAUAUUGCUGAUUGGGGUCUAUAAGAAACAGAUUGGACCGUUGUGGGGUCAAUCCAUACUAGGAACUGGAUGAGCACUGAUGGGCUGAGCAACCUCUUCCUGCUAUUUUACAUUUCUUCUGUUCAUAAAGGCUACACAAUUAAACAAAUGGUGCCUAAUCAACAACCUAUACAAUGUUAUUUGAAGAAAAAAAAAAAGCAAAGAAUUGAAAUCUUUGGCAGAAUAAAAGUGGAUUAGUAAUGUUAGUGCUAGUGAGGUACGACUUUAAAAAGCUUUAUCACUCCGACUCGUAACUAACGCUUUAUAGUCACUGCACCAGCCCAUCUUCAUGCAGUAUUUAGAUACUCGAGACAACGUUUCAGAGCACAGAUGUUUGCCUUGCCUAUCGGGUUGUCGAUGGCGCGAUGGAUGCUUGUGUAACCGAAUGGGAUUGCUUUCUAAUAAUUAAAUACGCAUCAUGUGAAACUGUGCUUCCAGUGAGUGUCUGCAUGGCAGGAACAAGACAGAGCUCGUGUCCAACCCAUACAGUCAAACCCCCCCUCCCCCCUGCUGGUUUUACACAGCGCAGGGAACUUUAUCUUAAUGACUUCUAAAUUAAUGAGAAUAGUGCCUGUCUCCCCUCCACCUGUCCCCAGGGCAUGGUUAAUUCAUAGGAAAGCCGUUUACUGAUAUGCUUUCUGUUCAGCCCAAGCCACAAGUUUUCUUCAUGGAGUGUGUUUGGCUCUGGUGUACAGGCUUCAGACUUUCUGUUAUGGCGAUGAGGGCAUCUAGUUUCAAACCCCUGCCUUAUUGAUUUGAAAAAAUGAUUUUGUUUGGAGAAGUUUAAGUGUAUGUACCAAGUGAAGUAUAUAUUUUUUUGGUUAAAUGUAUCUCUUGUUUUUUGCACUUAUUUUCCCUUGUACUGAAGACUGUACAUUCUUGGAUAUUAUGUAAAUAUCUAUUUUUGUUCUGCAUUAAUGCAAAAUAAAACUACACUUAUUCCACU